AUGCGCCAUGUUCCAGUUUCAAUUCGCCCUCGAAUUAGCUCGCCCCUCCCUCCUACCCCGCCAUCGCCAUUCCCUCCCAUCCCGCCGCCACCUCUCACCCCGUCGUCGCCUCUCACUCCCACCUCCCUGUCGCCUCUCCCUCACUCCCCGCCAUCGCCACUCCCUCCCAUCCCGCCAUCUCCACUACCUCCCAUCCCGCUGCCGCCUCUUCUCCCAUCUCGCCGCCGCCUCUCCCUUCUCCCCGCCGUCGCCUCUCCUUCCCUCCUCGCCGUCGCCUCUCCUUCCCUCCUCGCCGUCGCCUGUCCUUCCCUCCCCGCCGUCGCCUCUCCUUCCCUCCCCGCCGUCGCCUCUCCUUCCCUCCCCGCCGCCGCCUCUCCUUCCCUCCCCGCCGCCGCCUCUCCUUCCCUCCCCGCCGUCGCCUCUCCUUCCCUCCCCGCCGUCGCCUCUCCUUCCCUCCCCGCCGUCGCCUCUCCUUCCCUCCCCGCCGUCGCCUCUCCUUCCCUCCCCGCCGUCGCCUCUCCUUCCCUCCCCGCCGUCGCCUCUCCUUCCCUCCCCGCCGCCGCCUCUCCUUCCCUCCCCGCCGUCGCCUCUCCAUCCCUCCCCGCCGUCGCCUCUCCUUCCCUCCCCGCCGUCGCCUGUCCUUCCCUCCCCGCCGUCGCCUGUCCUUCCCUCCCCGCCGUCGCCUCUCCUUCCCUCCCCGCCGCCGCCUCUCCUUCCCUCCCCGCCGUCGCCUCUCCUUCCCUCCCCGCCGUCGCCUCCGGCGACAAACAGAGCGCGAGGGAGAGCGUGUGCGCGGGAGCGAACGCGCAGGAAAGUGCGCGUGAGAGUGCUCGUGAGAGUGCGUGUGAGAGUGCGCGUGAGAGUGCGCGUGAGAGUGCGCGUGAGGGUGCUCGUGAGAGUGCGCGUGAGAGUGCGCGUGAGAGUGCGCGUGAGAGUGCUCGUGAGAGUGCGCGUGAGAGAGCGCGUGAGAGUCCGCGUACGCGUGAGAGUGCUCGUGAGAGUGCGCGUGAGAGUGCGCGUGAGAGUGCGCGUGAGGGUGCUCGUGAGAGUGCGCGUGAGAGUGCGCGUGAGAGUGCGCGUGAGAGUGCUCGUGAGAGUGCGUGUGAGAGAGCGCGUGAGGGUGCGCGUGAGAGAGCGCGUGAGGGUGCGCGUGAGAGAGCGCGUGAGAGAGAGCGUGAGGGUGCGCUUGAGAGUGCGCGUGAGAGUGCAUUGAGAGUGCGCGUGAGAGUGCGCGUGAGAGAGCGCGUGAGAGAGCGCGUGAGAGAGCGCGUGAGAGAGCGCGUGAGAGAGAGCUAG